GUUACAUUGAUUUUCACUGAUAACAUAAGUGAAAUUAUAAGUAUUGCAAUUGUUUAAUAAAUAUGCAUUAUGAGAAAUAUAACAUUGUUGCAAUGCUUCCUUUUAUAACCCGUAAAAGCAAUGUAAAGCUGCGAAGUGUAAACAUUGCAAUCCCAGAAUUCAAUAGUUUAUUAGAAAAUGUGUACGGGAAUCACCCCCUGGGUUUAUUUAUAGCAACAAAGGAACUACUGGUCCGUUACAGGUAUGGGCAUGAUAACGGGUUUAUUCAUGAAACGUGGUUAAAUACCAUUUCACAAGGGAAGAGGAAAGCACAAGAGACAGUCACACCAUGUAUUCGUGGAACUAUAAAGACGAAAACAAAAACAUUCCCUAUAGCACGUCCCCAACAACGUUCGGGAGGAGUUCCCCAGACGGAGAUUCAACGGACAGCGAAGAAUAUGAGGGACCCCAGGACCCAAACGGACGCCGUGGACGGCCCCGGGCCGACGCUAUCACCAAGCUGAUAUUCAAGGGAGCCGUGUCUAUGAGCAGUAUACGUUGCGAGACAUGCAAUCGGGUCUUCCCACGUGAGAAAUCUCUGCAAGCUCACAUGAGAACUCAUACAGGCGAGAGACCAUACCUGUGUGACUACCCUAGCUGUGGAAAGUCUUUCUGUCAGAGCGGACAGCUGAAGACACAUCAGCGACUACACACGGGAGAAAAACCCUUCAUCUGCUCUGCUAAUGGCUGUGAGAGCCUAUUUACCCAUGCCAACAGACAUUGUCAGGAUCAUGCAUAUGCUUCACUCAAACGAGUUAACCCACAAAUAACCAUCAAUGGACUCCAGAAACUCAUUCAGAAUGAGUCAAACCCUGCAGUCCGAGAUUGGCUCACAAGACAAAUCAACUCCAAGGAGGAGCGCAUAUUUAACAGACAGAGACCAGGGAAUGUGAAGCGUGUGAAAAGGUCGUCUCAGGAGGUCAACAUCAAAACAGAACAGGAUCUGCUACAAGAUCCAGACGAGAACAUCAUGCCCCUCCAACAGCAACAGCAGGAAGAACAAUUGAUAGAAGAGCGUCUUUUGGAGUCAAUGACCAGCCAUCACCAACACCAACAUCACAAUCAUCAUCAUCAUCAUCAUCAUCAUCAUCAUCAGGAACAGCAGCCCCACCAUGUGAACAUGCUCCUCGACAGUCAGUGUAACAUGCCCUUGAACAACAACCACUAUAUGAUGCCUAUGAACAAUAACACGUGUGACAUAAGCAUGGACAAUCAUUAUGACAUGAGCAUGAAUAAUCACUGCAACAUCAGUAUCCAUAGUUACGAGGACCCUCAGCCAGUCGUACUGCCCCAGAACCAGCUGCAGCCUGUGGAUUCGGACUACGACUAUCACACGAUUGACCCCUACCAGCCUGUCGACUACGACUACCUGCCACAGAAGGAGUCACGUGAAAUGUCCCUCAGUGAGCAAACAGACAAGUGGAUAUCGGCACUUGCACUUGUGGAGUUGUCACAUGGCAUGGCGUGAAUCAUCGGCUCUAACAGGGUUCCGCUACAGGACUUAACCAACAUGCCAUAAUUGACUGCUACAACACCUCACAGUACAUGGAGAUGUAGAAAGCCACAAUAGACUGUUCUCAUAGGACUUAAUAACUAUUGUUACUUUCCACAUUUCACGGAUUGUGAGAGAUAUUUGUAGCUACAUGUUUUCCGUUAAUGCAAACUCCAUACUGCCACAAGAUUGCCAUGCGAGUGCAACCAUUACUAUUCUUGUGAGUGUCCACAUGUUCAUCAGCAUUCUGAUCAAAAUGAAAUGUCGAUCAAUUAUGGUUUUUCCUUACAUAUUCAAUACCUAUAUAAAAUGUUUCCCUCCUGUUUAUUUGAAGUAGUGGUUUUUCUACUGCUAUUUAACAUAGAUCUGUUAAAAUACUCGUAUAGUAUGUCUCAUAACCCUUCUUGUCUGAUUUCUUUAUUACCUCCCUUGACUUAGUCUUCUCCAUGAAGAUAGAAAGCUUUACUUUACACAUUUGUUGACCGUCCAUCCUGUCCAGUCGUUCGGGCCUGGUACUCAGUCAAUAUCAGUCAAUGUGUAUCUCGCCCAACUAUUUUGUAUUCAGUAUAUACACUGCAAUAAACGUCCAUUUAGUUAUAAUGUAUAUAUAUCUUAUUAGUAUUCUAACACUACCAUUCCAUCUCAUUUAGUACAUUCCAUCAAAAAUUUGAAUUUAAUCAAUAUAUAUUGUUUAUUUUUGUUAGACUUUUCAUUCCAUAAUGAACAAUACUUAUCUUGCGUACAAAAAUGAAAUAUUCUUUGAAAUCAAAAGUUAAUUUUACUGAUGUUUAUAUAUGUUAUAGAAGUUGUGAGUGUUGAAAGAUAAGAUGGCACUGGUUGAUAGUCCUCCCAUGUGUGUUGCCAAAUAUCUCAAAAAUAGUAGCAGUCAAGAGCAUGUAUGCUACACUUAUCCACACAUGCAGGACUUGUGCCCUGUAAAGCCAGACUAGAGCUGCCAUGUGCUAUACAUAUACUUACUAUAUAUACAUAGCAACCAGUUCAUGUUGCCAUGAGGACAGAGCUUUUGUAUGACCUUCACAUGACCUGUGUCUUUGUGAAGGCAACAAGCUUGUUAUGUUUGACGAAUGUUUGGAGAUUUUAUGAACUACAAUUACUUAUUAAAUUGUUUGUGAACAGUUUCCUGUGAUUACUCAAGUCAAUGACCUUGACCUUGUUACGAGUUUCCAGGUUUAGCUGUACAAUUGAACACGGGUCUGUAUAGCAGCUCCAAUCAGUGUCAGACAUGUUGAUUGUAGUUGUAGAAAUAGUAUCAAUCAGAAGGAUAUAUUUCCACAGCCAUUUUAACUGUUUGAAACUGGGGAGUUGACAGCUAGUGUACUUAUAUCUUGCAAUUGUAUUUUUUAUUUUGCUGCAUAAAUUCCAGACUGAUUAUACCAUAUUUUAUAGCAUUCCUUUUCUUAGUAGACAUGUCCUUUUUUUGCAUGUUUGUAAACAUUCCUGUAUAAACCAUAUACACUCCUGUAAAACAUUUAUCAAAUAUUCACAAAUUUCCAUUAAAUUUUGUGCGAGUGAGAAAUGAAAGUGGUGAUGCAUAUGUUAGGUUAUUUUACUAUUAGGGUGAAAUUCAAUCAAUUGUAACGUAGAAAACUAGAAACCUCGUCCAUUCUUUACUGACAUGUUGGUUUGAAGGGACAUGUAAGACAUAGCAGAAAUCCAUAGAUCUAUAUGCAAAAUUACCUUUGACUUGUAGUGUAGAACUUAUUCAAAUAUUGUACAUAUAUAUACAGAUAGCCAAAAAGUUUGAUAAUGAAAAAAUAUAUAUCAAACAGAAA